AUGAGUGUUAAAGUAUUUCCGAAAGUGUGCGGUGUUUGUGGACAUAUGGCAAUGGGCAAAAACUUUGGUGCCGUAUCGUGUGAGCCAUGUAAAGCCUUUUUCCGUAGGAAUGCCUUAAAAAAUGCUCUAAAAUGCCAUUUCGAUAAUAAAUGCAAAAUUGAUUCAAUCACGAGGAAGUUUUGCUCAAGAUGCCGAUUAGACAAGUGCCUGGCCAUAGGAAUGAGAAGGGACUGGAUACUUAAUGAAGAGGAACGGGAGAUGAAAAAACUCAAGCGAUUAGAAAACAAAAAGUGGAGGGAUAGUCAUAAUAGUGCUAAUAAUAGUAGUAAUACUAGUAUUACAUGCGAUGAAAGUCCACAAUCAUUGAUAGACUCAUCUUCGGAAACAUCACAUGAAAAUCACAUCUCAAACACCAAUCAAACCUUAAAUAAUGAUAUUUUAUACGAAAUACUCGACGACAACAAUAUCAGCGCCGAUGCCCUCAGCGAACAGAUUAGGGAUAUAGAGACCACUGUUACCAACGAUUUCAUUGAUAAUAUUGUGGACAAUAGCUUUGAUAAGCUAAAUACCUCACCACCAUAUGUGCAACAAAUUGCUUGUUAUAACGUGUCAAAUAAGACCAUUGAAAAGGCCGUCGAGUUUGCCGUUUCGGUGAUACCUAUCGCGCAACCUCUAGGUCAAUGUACCGCUGGUUUCAAUGAAAAGGAGAUUUAUUUAAUGAAUGAAUUGAUGGCAACACUCCGACGUCUGGGCAGUCCGUACAGCAGUAACAGCAGAAAUCUGGACAAUAUCUAUGACUAUGACUAUCACCAGACUGCUACCACCAAAUUUGACAAAUGUAUCAGAAAUGUGACAAAAGCUAUGAAAGGGUUGACGGCAUUCAAGAAUAUCUGUUGUGAGGACCAGAUCUCACUACUGAAGUACGGGUGCUUUGAUGUCAUAUUCUUGAGGUCUAUCAUGACCCUGAUCACUCGGUAG